AAAUAAUUUUGAUGUUCGGUGAGUACAUGAACGUCGUAAAAGUUGUACUCAAAGUUUGUUUUAUUUUUAUAUUUUUUAUAUAAUUUUUUAAUAUCUAAUAUGUUAAUUAUUUCUAAUAAAUAUUUGAAUUGUGUGAUAAUUUUCUAAUAACAUAAUGCCUGAAAUUUACGAGAAUUAUACAACUUUAGAAUCUAUUUCUGAAGACCAAAACUUUUUUUCUUAUGGAUAUGCAAUGAACAAUCAAGAUAUUUGUAGUCCUUUGCAUGGAUCUCAAGCAACAACAAGUAUUAAUUCACCUAUGUCUACUGUAUUGUCACCAUUAUCAGAUUCUGAAUUUUUAUCAUUAAAGAAUGCAAUAAUUAUUGAAACACCAUAUAUAACAAUUUUGGAACAACCAGUAGAUAAAUUUAGAUUUCGAUAUAAGUCAGAAAUGGUAGGAACACAUGGAAGUUUAAUGGGUUCAAGUAAUAAUAAUAAUCGUCGUAAAAAUGCACCAACAGUACAAUUACAUAAAUAUCCAGAUAAUGCAAUAAUACGAUGUACAUUAGUUACAUCUGAUGAACAUCAAAGAAUUCCUCAUCCUCAUAAAUUAGUUCAUAGAGAUGGUCUGGAUUGUGAUGAUCCACAUGAUGUUAAAGUAUCUGCAGAAAAUGAAUAUGUUGCAACAUUUCAUGGAAUGGCAAUUAUACAUACAGCAAAAAAGUAUAUUAGAGAUGAACUUAUAAGAAAGAUUAAAAGAAAUACUUUGGAAAUAAAGAAACGCGAAAAUAUAAAUGCUACUCUUAGUACUAUAGAAGAAGCACAUAUUAAAUCUGAUGCAGAUCGCUAUCAAAAAUAUGUGAAUUUGAAUAGUGUUGCAUUAUGCUUUCAAGCAUUUAUCUUGGAUCAAAAUGAAAUUAUGAGACCAAUAACAAAUCCUAUAUAUUCACAUCCUAUUAAUAAUCUCAAAAGUGCAUUAACAGGAGAACUUAAAAUAUGCAGAAUUGAUAAACAUACUAGCAGUGUUGAAGGAGCUGAAGAAGUAUUUAUACUUGUAGAGAAAGUUGGAAAAAAAAAUAUUAAAGUAAAAUUUUUCGAAUUAAAUGAGGAUGAUUAUGAAAUUUGGUGUGAUUAUGGACGCUUUUCAGAAUUGGAUGUUCAUCAUCAAUAUGCUAUUGUAUUUCGAACUCCACCAUAUAGAGAUCUUAAUAUUACUACACCAAAAGAAGUUUUUAUACAAUUAGAACGACCAUCUGAUGGAGAUUGUUCUGAACCAGUAAAGUUUACUUAUAAACCAAGUGAUAGAAUUAUAGGUAGAAAACGACAACGAAUAUCUCAUUCUGGAAGCUCAGAAUUAUCAUUUAUAUUACCAAUUUCUAAUUAUAGUGAAAAUGAAAAUAUAUCAGAUAUUUUAAAUAAUUCUACAGAAAUAAAAAAAAUAUUAUCCGAAGGUAUUACAUCACCAAAAUGCAAAGAAUUUCUUAAAAAUAUGGAUGUCGACAAUUAUUUAAAAUUCUUUGAUAAUGAAGAAAAUAUGCUAAUUACUGAUGGUCCUUCAACUGUGCAAAAUCAAGAUGAUAUUAUGUUUGCUAAAAAUGUACUUACUAAAGUUAUACAAUACAUGAAAAUGGAUUUAAAAAAUGUAGAAGAAUAUAUUCAAAAAUUAUUUAAAGAUCGAUCGACAUAUGGAGAUUCUCCAUUGCAUGCAGCACUUCGAUAUGGUCAACGAGAUAUCGUGAAAUACUUUUUAAUGUUAAUAAGUUCUAAUAAAGAUUGUAAAGCAAUCGUUAAUGGACAAAAUAGUUCUGGAAAAACUCCAUUGCAUUAUGCUAUUUUACAAAAUCAACCAGAAAUAACAAAAGCAUUACUUAUGCUUGGAGCUGAUCCAAAUCGAACAGAUGAUCAUGGAUUUUCUGCAUUACAUACAGCUGUAAAAAUUCCUGAAGCUGGUGCAUGUGUUGAUGUGUUAUUAUUCGAAAAAAGAACUGACAUUGAAGCAUACAAUGAUGGAUGGAUGCCACUACAUCUUGCAGCAAAAGCAGGGUCAUAUGAUGCUGUGUGCUCACUUAUUCAUGCAGGUGUAGAUGUAAAUAAUACUGAUAGGUUUUAUGGUCGAACAGCAUUACAUAUAGCUGUUGAAGGUGGACAUACGAAUAUAGUUGAAUAUUUACUUAAAAAGACAAAUAUAUCUGUAAAUAAAAGAAACUUGAGUGGAAAUACUGCUUUACAUACUGCAGUUGUAUAUACGGGAGUUGAAGCAAAAGAAUUAUGUGCAUUAUUACUACAACAUGGUGCAGAUCCACAUAUUCGAAAUCAUAAUCGAGAAUCAAAUAAUCUAGAUAAAAAGAAAGAGUCUCAUAUCAAAAUAAAAGUUGAAGUAGAUGCAGAAGAUGAAAAAGCAGAUGAAGUUAUUGGACAAUCAUCAUUUGAUUUGGCUAAAAAUAAACCAGAUAUUUUGCAACUUUUUAAUAGACAAUAUGAAGAAACAACAAACGAAAUGUGUUCAGUUACUACAAAAUUAGAAUUAAAGGAUGAAGAUUCAGAGAUAAAUUGGUUAAAUAAUGAACAUAAAGAAAAAUUAUCUAUACUUUUAGAUAAAACACAAGGUUGGCGAAAACUUGCAAAACAUUUAAAUGUUGAAUAUUUGUUAAAAACAUUCCAGAAUAAUUCAACAAGUCCAUCAUUAUUUCUUUUAAAUUAUAUUGAUGUGGAAGCAUCUUUAUCAGUGAAAGAAAUACAAAUAAUAUUAAAAAAAAUUGGAGAGAAAGAAGCAGUAGAAUAUAUAAAUGAAAUUGUAUCUAUGUAUUCAUAAAAUAAAUCUGUUUUUAAAUAUAUUUCUAUAAUAUAUUAUACUUCUAAUCAGUAUCAUUUAAAAUACAUGAAAAAAAUUAAAAAAAAAUAAAAUAAAAAUUUUUAAUGAAUACACAAAUAUAAAAUAUUUAAAUAUUUAAUUAUAUGUUCUUCCUAUUAUAAUUCAAUCAAAUUUUUUUAUUAAAAUAAUUUAUAAAGAUUUAGAAUUAUAGUAAUUAGUGUGAUUUAUCAUGUUGUCAUAUAAGAUAAUAUAUAUGUACGAUUUACUUAACCAAAAAAUUAUGUACUUGUUAUCAUUCCAAUCUAUCAUUUUUGUAGUUUAAAAAUUCGAAUUUUAUAGAUUUUAAAAAAUUUGUUAUGUUGCAACACUGAAUGUUUUUUGAAAAUAUCCUAAGUACAUAUAUUUAUGUAUUUAUAUUCAGAAUAGAAAAUUUUUUUUAUAAAUAAAGUGUGAAUUGAGAAAUUUACAGAACA